GCACUGCUUCGCAGUGUGGACACGGCCUUACUAUGCGAACGCAACCACUGUGAACGCGGCCUAAUGCAAGCGGCGCGUCAACCGGUAUGAACUGUCAAUUGACGCGGGAAGAUGACAUGGCUUGCCAUCAGCAGUUAUUUCCGUUUGCACAAUCUUUUUUUCUUUGCAACAUCGAACGCGAUCAGACUGUUAAAUUGACUUAAACUAACUUACAGCUAGGACUUAAAACUAAAAUCACAGAUCAUUAUCACAGUGAGUAGAACUAAAGCUGUACGCAUUGGAGCUCAUGCUUAACCUAGAAUUUUGAUCACAGAUAGUUUAAAGUGGAGGAAUAGUCUUCCCCGGAUUAAAAUUGAUUCGCACACCGAAAUUUCUUUAAGCUGUUUCCGCAUCAAUUUGCGACAGCUAACAAGAUUUCGGAUUUCACCUUUUGUUCUCUGAACAAAAUCUUAAAGAAAUUUCGUGGCCGGGAAAGGUAUCGAAUUGUGCCCAGCUGAAUUUCACCAUGCCAAAUACGGAUCCCAACCUCAAAACGCCCGAGCAGGGAAAAUCAUCGGAUUGUGUUUGCUGCGCCCAUCCGGAAUCGGCCGAUGAUUGCGUUCAAUGCGACCGAUGCGAUGGUUGGUGGCACAUGUCAUGUGCUCAAGUCACAUCGUCUGUUGCAGACCGGCCGUGGACAUGUAGGCAUUGUUUGCCGGUGAGUGUGUGCACUCCCACUUCCAACGCAAAGGCGGCACGGAUGAAGAUGCAGCGACUGAAAGAGCAGCAGGAAUUAGAGCAACGUCAUCUAGCAGAGAAACACCAGCUGGAGGAGGAGUUGGAAGAAACGGCUAGUAAUAGGAGCCGGAUCAGUCACAGGACGAGCCAGGAUAGAGUAAAGCAGUGGCAACAGCAGUGCAUGGAACAGGGUGCAAGCGCGCAUGGUCAGCAGAUGGAUCAACCGACAGGCGGGGCAGCAGCUUCCCCGGCCAUGCAAUUAUGCGAUCGAGAACCAACGUUGGGACAGGUGGUUAACCCAUCGGAACCAGGUCUGGUUACUCGAGAUCAGCAGCAGUAUACCGGCGCGAUGCCGAAAACACCUAAGAACCCACAAUUGGAAUUCUCCGUGCUCCCCGCAGUCCAGCCCCCCGUUCCCCCCGCAGCACCAACGUGUGGAAAUUCGUUCGACCCUCACCAAUCGGGUCUCAUCGUUCGGGAUCAGCAGCUGUAUACCGGCGCGAUCCCAAAGGCACAUCGGAGUCAACAGGGUGAAUUCCUCGUGCCCCCCGUAGUAACAACCCUGGGCAAUUUGUUCGACCCUCAACAACCGGGUCUCACCGUUUGUGAUCAGCAGCAGUAUACCGGCGCGAUCACUCAGAGACAGCAGGUAGCAGGUUCGAGAGGUAAAGUCCAGCCCCCCGUUCCCCCCGUAGCACAUCAAGGUAAGCCACUGAAUUAUCCACCUACUAGUGUACCAUUACCAUCCAACUAUGGAUGCUCCCUCCAACACAUAAUGAAACAGUUCGGAACGUUGGCAGCCUCGGCCACGGUUCCAUCGAACAACAUGAAUACAGUUUUUCCCUCGACGGGAUCGAAUGUUGGCCUUGCGCCACAGGCAAAUCCAAGUAUACAUUCCGGAUUAGUAUCCGCAACUGCGGGACCGCCAAUCGUAGGCCAUACGCCACUGGCAAAUGGGACAGUUUUUCCCAAUAUGGAACUGUCAAAUGUUGGCCCUAUGCCACACGUAAAUCCGUCACUAUCUACAGGCAUAGUUCCCCCUCCGCCGGGACUGCCUGUCGUUGAACAAUACACCCCCUCCCCCUCGCAGCUAGCCGCGCGUCAAGUGAUGUCCCGCGAUCUACCUUCGUUCUCUGGCAAUCCUGUUGAUUGGCCAAUCUUCAUCAGUAGCUUUAUGAAUAGUUCGCUGGCGUGCGGUUACAAUAGUGCCGAGAAACUUUCGCGUCUUCAACGUUGCCUGAAAGGGCACGCGUACGAAUCUGUCAAAAGCAGGUUGCUGCUUCCGGAAUCAGUGCCUCAAGUGAUCGAUACUCUUCGGUUGUUAUACGGGCGACCCGGGUUAUUAAUCGGUGCAUUGUUACAAAAAGUGCGCAGUGUCCAGGCACCGAAGGCGGAGAAAUUGGAAACUAUAAUCGACUUCGGCAUGGCUGUGCGCAGCCUCUGCGACCACCUGGAAGCAGCGGGACAGCAGGAACAUCUCUCGAAUCCUACGUUGCUGAUGGAGCUGGUGGAGAAGCUACCUGUACACACCAAGAUGCAGUGGGCGGACUACAUACAACAGCACCCGGUAGUAAACCUCAAGGCGUUUGGAGAUUUUAUGCUCAAAGUCGUCACAGCCGUUUGCAGUGUGUCAAACUACACCGGCGAAAGUAACAGUAGUCAGCAGAAGCCGAGACACAAAGGAGCGGUGAACACGCAUAGCAACGAAGCAGAAUCCGUUCGUGAGGUAGUGAGCGAAAAGGAUCGAGCGUGUAUAUGCUGCAAGAAAUCAGGUCACCGUCUAGCAGAAUGCACCGCAUUUAAGGCGUAUACUGUGGACAGCCGAUGGAACUUCGUACGAGAUAAAGGUCUUUGCCGGAGUUGUCUCAACGCACAUGGGAAGAGAAGCUGCAGAAACGCGACGCUGUGCGUGAUCGAUGGAUGUACCUACCGUCAUCAUGCACUGCUACAUUCAAAUCGAUCCAAUGCAAACCAGCGACCAACCCAAGAAUUGUCUAUUGUUCAGAACCAUACACAUCGGCAAGGCAAGCAGACUUUUCUUUUCCGCAUAAUUCCUGUCGUUCUCCGUGGGCCACGAGCGACCAUUGAAACUUUCGCAUUUCUGGAUGAUGGUUCGGACUUGUCGCUCAUCGAGAACAGCCUGGUGGAGCAAUUGGGUAUCGACGGUCGGAAGACACCGUUGUGUAUGAAGUGGACCGGAAACGUCACCAGAGUUGAAUCGGAAUCGAAGCAAGUGAGAGUUUUCAUCAGGGGAGCCAAUAGCAACAAGCAGUUCACGAUCAACGACGUUCGUACUGUAAAUGAGCUUACUUUACCGGAACAGAAUCUAGAUUACGACAAGCUGGCGCGACACUACCGCCAUCUGCAAGGUCUGCCGAUCGCUAGCUACACGAAAGCGAUUCCCCGUCUGCUGAUCGGCGUUAACAAUGCGAACCUCACGGUACCGCUGCAGGCAAGAGAAGGAAAGAGAACCGAGCCUAUUGCCGUGAAAACAAGGUUAGGAUGGUGCAUAUUUGGCGGUGGUGAAAGUAGGGAUACGCAUUCGUUGAAUUAUCACGCUUGUGAAUGUGCCGGUACCGGCGACCAGGAGCUGCACAAUGCAGUGAAAGACUAUUUUUCUAUGGAGGAUGCCGGAGUUCAACCGCCAGUCGUGCUGGAAUCUGUAGAAGACACGCGAGCUAGGGAGAUUAUGGAGCGGACGACUAUCCGAGUAGGAGAACAAUUCCAAACUGGCCUACUGUGGAGGUACGACGAAAUAGAAUUCCCGGACAGCUACAACAUGGCGGUGAAGCGUUUCGAAUGUCUGGAGCGUAGGAUGCUGCGAGAUCCCGAGCUGGCAGCCAAUCUGAAGAAGCAAAUAGCGGAGUAUCAGCUGAAAGGCUAUGCGCACCGUGCAACUCAGAAGGAGCUCGCACUAGCCGAUCCUAAACGAGUGUGGUAUUUGCCGUUAGGAGUAGUUACGAACCCCCGGAAACCGGGCAAAGUCCGCCUUAUAUGGGACGCGGCAGCGAAAGUAGAUGGAAUAUCCCUAAACUCCAUGCUACUAAAAGGCCCGGAUCAGUUAUCUUCGCUUCCCGGAGUUCUGCUGCGUUUUCGUCAGUACAAGGUGGGAGUUUCGGCAGACAUCCGUGAAAUGUUCCACCAGUUGUUAAUCUGUGAACCGGAUCGUCAUUCUCAGCGCUUCUUGUUCCGGAGCGAUCCAUCAAGGCCUGUCGAAACGUACAUUAUGGACGUGGCGACCUUUGGAUCCACGUGUUCGCCAGCAUCAGCCCAGUAUGCGAAGAACAAAAACGCCGAAGAAUUCGUCGCUCGCUAUCCCCGAGCUGUCGAGGGAAUCCAGAGAAACCACUACGUGGACGACUAUCUGGAUAGCUUCGAGAGUGUGGAUGAGGCCGAAAGAGUUUCCCGCGCAGUCGGAGCAAUCCAUCAGAAAGGAGGAUUCCACCUUAGAAAUUGGUUGUCGAACAGUGCCGAAGUUCUACGUGGACUGAACGAGGAAGCUACCAACGCCAGCAAGAAUCUCUGCUUGAGUACAACGGACGGCGAUCGAGUGCUCGGCAUGCUGUGGCAGACGACCGACGAUGAGCUGCGGUUCUCGAUGAAUUUGAAGGAGGAAAUUCAACGUGUAUUAAAUGAAGGCGAGCGGCCAACUAAACGACAGAUAUUGAAGUGCUUGAUGGGAAUAUUUGAUCCACUGGGGCUUCUUAGUGUGUACCUCGUGCACGGCAAGAUCCUACUUCAGGACGUGUGGCGAGCCGGACUGCAGUGGGACGAAAGGGUGCCGGAAGAAAUAUUCGAACGUUGGGCUAGGUGGACCGCUCUGUUCCCGAAGAUAAGAGAUCUGCGUAUUCCGCGGUGCUACUUCGAGGAAGCGACCGAACAGACGUACAAACGAUUGCAACUGCACGUAUUCGUCGAUGCGAGCGAAGUUGCCUUUUCUGCUGUAGCAUACUUCAGAGUGAUUGACAUAGAAGGCAAAGCCGAAUGCUCGUUAGUUGCGGCAAGAACAAAGGUCGCUCCACUGAAACCCCUCUCGAUUCCCCGUUUGGAGCUUCAAGCAGCGGUAUUGGGCAGCCGCUUGAUGUCGUUCGUGCAGGAGAACCACAGUGUUAAAGUCAAACAGCGGUUUCUGUGGAGUGAUUCCGCAACAGUGCUGGCCUGGUUACGAGCCGAUCAUCGUCGGUACAAGCAGUACGUUGCCUGCCGAGUAGGAGAGCUUCUUUCUACAACGGAUGUAGCUGAAUGGCGGUGGGUUCCCAGCAAAUCGAAUCCAGCGGACGCUGCCACGAAGUGGGGAAAGAACUCAUGCCCGAAAGAAUGCGACGAAUGGUUUAAGGGACCUAAGUUUUUGCGGCUGUCCGAAGACAAUUGGCCGGAGCAAGUGAAAACAUCAACGGCUCCUGAAGAAGAACUACGGCCCUGCUUGGUGAUCCAAGGAGCGACUAUUCCGGAGUGUGUGGUGGAUUUCGCCCGGUUCUCAAGGUGGAGACGACUUCUUGGAGCAGUAGCAUAUGUACACCGUUUCAUAGACAACUGUCAGCGGAGGCGAAGAAAUGAGAAGCCGGAACUACUGCAUCUGAGUCAGGACGAGCUGAGAAAAGCGAAGAGCACGAUAAUACGGAUGGUACAGUGGCAGGAGUUUCCCGCAGAAAUGGCCUCGCUUACGAGAGGACAAACGGAGUUGCCUAAGACAAGCCGUUUGUAUCAAACAACGCCGACAAUGGAUGAACACGGAGUGCUGCGCGUUGAUGGACGAAUUGGAGCCGCACCACAUGCCGCAUUCGAUGCCAGGUUCCCGGCGAUUCUCCCAAGAAAACACCAUGUAACGAAGCUUGUGGUCCACGACUUUCAUCGAGCCUGCCGGCAUGGGAACUCGGAGACGGUAGUGAAUGAAGUUCGGCAGUACUACAACAUUUCACGGUUAAGGACGGUGGUGAAGCAAGUUGCGGCUGCAUGCCAGUGGUGUAAAGUCGCGAAAGCGAACCCGAAGGUUCCUCGAAUGGCACCGCUGCCUGUGGCUCGAUUGUCAUCGUUCUGUCGGCCGUUUACCUACACCGGCAUAGACUUCUUUGGGCCGUUCUUGGUGAAAGUGGGAAGGAGCGCUGCCAAACGUUGGAUCUGCCUAUCCACGUGUCUCACCACACGUGCCGUCCAUGUUGAGGUUGCCCAUAGCCUGUCUACACCGUCGUGCGUCAAGUGUAUUCGCCGUUUCGUUUGUCGGCGAGGAGCGCCAGCGGAAAUCUAUACCGACAAUGGUACCAACUUCCAAGGUGCCAAACGUUUGCUGCAGGAAGAAAUCGAAAACGAAUUGGCAGCGACGUUCACAAAUGAAGAUACAAAGUGGAAUUUCAUCCCGCCAGGAGCACCUCACAUGGGUGGCGCGUGGGAAAGGAUGGUGCGGUCAGUUAAGUCGGCAAUGGAAGCUGCUUACAAGAACGAUCGAAAGUUGGACGAUGAAGGACUGGAAACGUUAGUCGUCGAAGCCGAGGGUAUCGUCAACAGUCGACCACUUACCUACUUACCUUUAGACGCUGCCGAUGGUGAGGCUCUAACACCAAACCACUUCCUAUUAGGAAGCUCUAAGGGAGUGCGUCAGCCGGCUGUUAACAUUAGUGACCCUGCCUAUGCGGUGAAGAGUUCCUGGAACCUUAUACAGCAUCAACUGGACAUAUUUUGGAAGCGUUGGGUUCAGGAAUACCUCCCGAUGCUCACUAAGCGGAUGAAGUGGUUCGGAGAAGUGACUCCCGUAGCUGUUGGAGAUCUGGUCCUCGUAGUUGAUGACACUCGCCGAAAUGGCUGGCUACGUGGAAGAGUGAAGGAAGUUGCGACUGCCGAAGACGGACGCGUUCGGCAAGCUGUGGUUCAGACUGCGAGGGGGUUACUGCGUAGACCGGUGUCAAAAUUGGCCGUGUUGGAGGUUGAGCCAGAUGGUAAAACUGGGACCGGUGACCAGUGUUACGGGGGAGAGGAUGUUACCGCCAGCACUGCUUCGCAGUGUGGACACGGCCUUACUAUGCGAACGCAACCACUGUGAACGCGGCCUAAUGCAAGCGGCGCGUCAACCGGUAUGAACUGUCAAUUGACGCGGGAAGAUGACAUGGCUUGCCAUCAGCAGUUAUUUCCGUUUGCACAAUCUUUUUUUCUUUGCAACAUCGAACGCGAUCAGACUGUUAAAUUGACUUAAACUAACUUACAGCUAGGACUUAAAACUAAAAUCACAGAUCAUUAUCACAGUGAGUAGAACUAAAGCUGUACGCAUUGGAGCUCAUGCUUAACCUAGAAUUUUGAUCACAGAUAGUUUAAAGUGGAGGAAUAGUCUUCCCCGGAUUAAAAUUGAUUCGCACACCGAAAUUUGUGAGUUACUUAUAUUGUUUACAUGCGUUAUCUAACUCUGAAUAAAAUUACAGCUUUAAGCUGUUUCCGCAUCAAUUUGCGACAGCUAACAAGAUUUCG